AUGUCAUUCGUUUCGUCUUUCAUUACGACGUUUUACUAUCAUGGCGGCCGCCGUCGGUAGGAUUUGUGGGGCACGUCUUUUGAAAAAUUAUGGGAUAGUUGCUCCCCAGGUAUGUCAGCUGUCCACCAGUGCUCAAGGAUGGACUAGGAAUAGAAAAUUGUUACUCUCCACCUUGGGUGUGGUGGGAGGAGGAGUGGGCGCUCUCCUGUUCGCCCUGGAACAGUCAGUGCAGGCUUCGGGCAACGAAGCUCACCCACCCCAUCAGCCUUGGAGCCACGAUGGCAUAUUCAAGUCUUUUGACCAUGCUAGCAUACGCCGGGGGUAUGAAGUGUACAAACAGGUGUGCAAGGCGUGUCACUCGCUGCAGUACAUUGCCUUCCGAAACCUGGUCAACGUCAGCCACACUGAGGAAGAGGCCAAAGCGGAGGCGGCAGAGGUUAUGAUCAAAGACGGACCUGAUGAGGAAGGCAACUACUUCGAGAGGCCCGGCAAGCUGUCGGAUUACUUCCCGUCGCCUUACCCCAAUGAAAAUGCUGCCAGAGCAGCUAACAAUGGUGCCUACCCGCCGGACCUGUCGCUGAUCUGCUCGGGCCGCAAGGGCGGCGAGGACUACAUCUUCGCGCUGCUGACGGGCUACGUGGAGGCGCCCGCCGGCAUCGCGCUGCGCGAGGGACAGAACUACAACCCCUACUUCCCCGGGGGAGCCAUCUCGAUGGCACAAGUGUUGUUCGACGAGGCGGCGGAAUACACCGACGGCACGACGCCAACAGCGUCACAGCUGGCCAAAGACGUAGCCACGUUCCUGCGGUGGUGCUCGGAGCCCGAGCUGGACGACCGGCGGCUCAUGACCAUCAAGGCCAUCGGCAUGUUCUCCAUGCUCGCCGCCGUCGUCUACUACUUCAAACGGCACAAGUGGUCCUCCAUCAAGUCCAGAAAACUAGCCUACAAACCCGUCUCUAAGAAAUAAAACGCCGCAGAAAUAUGUAGUAUAAAACAAACGUUUUAGACACUUUUUUUUUCGAUAGGCACAGUAAUAUGUUAUUUGUUUAUAAUUAAAUUAAUUUAUUUUAUACACCACGCGUUUAUUUCUGACCUCCGGUCGCUGAACGAUGUUACCAUGUGGUCCGCGUCGCGUCUUUUGAUGCAUACUAACUUAAUGUAAUGGUAAUAGAGCAAUUACGUCGCGUAUUUGAUUAGCACAGUCAAAUUAUAAACUAGGUGAACUUAUCUGUGCUUGUGAUGUUCCAUGGAAGUUAUUAACUGUGAAUCAGUGUACAGUUGAAUAAAUGAGUUAAUAAAAUCGA